AUGUCGAAAGUGCUUCUCAUCACCGGCGCCACGGGCAAGCAAGGCGGUGCCGUUAUCGACGCUCUUAUUGACCAAAAAGUCGACUGUACCAUCCUUGCCGUGACGCGCGAUGCCUCGUCUGCCGGAGCCAAGAAACUUGCCAGUAAAGCCACCAACAUCAAACUAGUCCAAGGUAAUCUGGACGACUCGCCGGCCCUCUUCGCCGCCGCCACUGAAGCCGCCGCGCCGUCGCCCAUAUGGGGCGUGUACAGCGUGCAGAUCUCCCUAGGGAAGGGCGUGACCAAGGACAGCGAGAUUGCGCAGGGCACAGCGCUGAUCGAUGAGGCCAUCAAGCACAAGGUCGGGCACUUCGUCUACUCCAGUGUCGAGCGCGGCGGGGACGAAGCCUCGUGGGACGCGCCGACGCCUGUGCCGCACUUCCAGAGCAAGCAGCGCAUCGAGCAGCACCUGCGCGAUGCCACGGCGCUGGGCACGCCCGGGGACAGCAUGGCGUGGACGGUGCUGCGCCUCGUCGCCUUCAUGGACAAUCUUGCGCCGGGGAUGCCGACGAAGGUUUUCCUCACGGCGCUACGCGACGCGCUGCAGGGAAAGUCCACCCAGUGGGUCGCCGUCCACGACAUCGGUGUCUUUGCUGCACUGGCCUUCGCCAAUCCGGACGAGUGGAGGAAUGUCGCUAUGGGCCUCGCCGGCGAUGAACUGUCCUUUGGCGAAAUGAGCGAGCGCUUCCAGCGCACCACAGGCUACCCCGUGCCCUCUACGUACUGGUUCUUCGGCAGCGCCCUAAUGUACAUGCUUGGCGAGUUGAACACCAUGAUUACGUGGUUCGCGACAGAUGGAUAUAAGGCGGAUGUCGCCAAGUGCAGGCAGAAGAACCCGAAGAUGAUGGAUUUGGAGACUUGGUUGCGGAAGAAGAGCGAGUUCCAGACGAAGGAUGAGUAG